AUGCCGGCGACGGCGGCGAUAUCGCCCUCUCCUCCGGGGGCGUCCACUACUACCCUCCUCCUCCGCCACCACCAUGCCGCCACCUUCACCCCACCGCAGCCGUCGCGGCGGCGGCUGACAGGCGCCGUCGCCGCCUCCGCUGGACGCCGCGCCGUCGCCCCCUGCUGCAAGGCCGCCAAGGACCCCUCCGCCGCCUCCGCUACCGGCCACGUGGGCGAUGUAGGGGAACAAACAUGGGACGAGGACGUCCUCAGGUGCGAGACGACGGUUCUGGUCGAGUUCUGGGCGCCGUGGUGCGGACCCUGCCGCCUGAUGCACCCGAUCAUUGCAGACCUGGCCAAGGCCUACGCCGGCAGGCUGAGGUGUCUGAGGGUGAACACGGAUGAGAAUCAGGAGGUGGCGACGAGGUAUGGCAUCAGGAGCAUCCCCACCACCCUCAUCUUCAAGAACGGCGAGAGGAAGGAGACGGUCAUCGGCGCCAUCGCGGACACCGCCUUGGCCGCCACUGUCGACAGGUUCUUGUAAGCGCCUGAGCAUGCUGUAACAUACACAUCGAAACGAGUGAAAAGUUUUUCCAAGGAGGCUACCAGUCUAUCAUUUACUUACAUGAACUUCCAUGAAAUCAAACUGAGUUGGGCAGUUUGCAUACAAUGAUUGAUAUGCUAUCGCUGCUUUUGAAGAUCGUGAAGUAUUGAACCCUGCGAGACAAUGAUCAUCUGAUAUGCUAUCGUUGAUUUUGAUAUAUAAAGUGAGCAAUGAUAUUCUUCUCUUCAA